GACUACUUGUACCCCACAACUGUGCCACGAGACACACAGGGAGCCUUUGAUAGCCACUGGAGCGGACCCAGUGAAUAUCAAGCAGCGCCCUGCAGUAAGAGAGUAAUUGGGGCGAUAUACCCGUGACAAAGAACAUCAUUUAGGGAGGAAAAAUUAUGACACGUUUGUUCUUUAACGAAGAAGGGUUAGUAGCAACAGUCACCGCUAUCACCAAACAGAUGUGAAGGGAAUGUGCCGCGGGUGCGCACGAGCCAGAACUACAGAGCCCGCAUGAUCAUCGAUUCGCGCUUUGAUUUUGUGCUGCGUUCGUGAAAAAAGAAGAGAAGGGAACCGGGGUAAAAACAUAAUCAAAAAGGAGAUUUUUCGAUUCCAAGCAUGGCGACCAGGAUAUUAUACUUGUUCGUUUGGUCUGCGGCAUUUCUUGCUGAGCGGCAGUGCGCCUCGCAAAUGACCACCGCAGGGCUUGCAUUCCCCACUGCGGGGCUUGGCAACAGCAGCAGCAGCGGGGAUGCCAGAAGCAAAAAAGACUCCAACCAGACCUACAACUCCCGACUUAAGAGGAAAAACCUGGCCAUGGAUUUUGCAGUGCCCUCUCUGUUGCGCUACUACAUUACCGAGUUGAUUAAACGUCCACUUAACGGAGAUUGUCUGACUUUUAGUGGGUGCUAUACGGUGCGCGCUAAUUUAAGGAUGCACUGCAUUCCCUUACAAAAAACGGUGGCUACUUUUGUUGACCCAAAGUUGGUUGCAAUCGAUAGCAUGGCGGCAGAGAAUUCAACCAGUGCUGGUGGACAGCUUCCGGAACCAGUGCUGGUGGACGGCUACAAGAGGCCGCUGUCCAAAGUUCUGCAUUUGGGUUUGACGAAAGCCAGCCGUAAAUCGAAUCAAGUCGUGGUGGAAAUUGGGGAGGACUUGGUUAAAACGGGAUGCGGUGGACUGGCAGUCUACGAGAAAGACCCGGUAUUUUUCCUGGAAAUUGACCUAACAAAUAUUUUGGAAUGGUGGUUCGGCGCCGAAGGGGGCCGGCUAAGAGUCCGGCUUAUGCCAGAAAAGAAAGCACAGGUUCCCGGGAGAGAGGACAAGUACACCGCGGCGAUACGAGCAGCAGACCCCCGCCUCUUUUUUCAUAUAGCCUCCGGAGGUGAGUCGCUGGUGGGUCGAGCCGGACUGGGUGUCCCACGAGGUUACUGGAACUUCUCCUGGCUGGCCGAGGAGGAGCUAAACUCCCCCAAGGCCGUAGCGCCAACGUCAGAUACGGGGUGCCCCGGCAACAGGAAGUCAUGUGACCACCCGCAGCCUGAGGAUAACCCGGAUUUCACGUGGAGCGUGGUGGCGGCAGAGAACCCCUGGGAAGAGGCGAACGGGAGGAGGGAGAAGAAAGGAGGAAGUACACAGGGCUGGGAGGAAGGCUUGGCCCACUUAGGCGGCGCAUCUGGAGCGAAGACCCUCCUCGCUGACCCCGGACUGGGGACCCUCGCAGUGGGCCCUGGACAGACGGGCGACUCUGGCAGCGCCGGACAGGCGUGCGACUCAGUCAGCGCUGGACAGGCGGGCGACUCUGGCAGCGCAGGACAGGCGGGCGACUCGAAACCUAGAAAAUGA